UGAAUAUUCAAAUAGAGCAGAAGAAGAAUUUUCUCAGCUACACCCUAUGAUUCCCCAUGUAUGAUGACAGCAACUGGAUUCUUAAAUUUGUUAUUAUAAAUAUUUUAAAAUAAUCUUGAAAUCAGUUGGAAUUUCAAAGUUAGUUAUAUUAGAUUGGGAAUAAAAUAGUUAUUUUUCAUUUAAAGGAUAAAAGAAUCAGUUGAUUUUGAUAAAAAGAUGAAAUUGGCCGCCAGAUUAAUUAGCCUUUACUUUAUUAUUUACAUUUUACAUUCCCCAGUGCUGGGAGGUAAUUGUAGUCAUGAAGAACUAAAAAAAUUGGGAAUGCUAGAGGGCGAUGGUUUCGACAGGGAUGCAUUGUUCAAAUCAUCACAUGGUAUGGGAAAGGUAGGAAAAAGGUAUGGUCUUAAAACUACUCCAAAAGUAGAUAAAGUCUUAGCAGAUCUUGAAACACUGUUUGGAAAACACGGUCUUGGUGGUAUUAGUAAAGAUUGUCUUAAAUGUUUUGCACAAAGCCUAGUGUGCGUAUUAAUGAAAUGUAGAGGAGCAUGUCUCAAAGGACCAUGUACUGACGACUGCCAAAAUUGCUUUGAUAGAAACUGUAAAUCUGCAUUGCUGGAAUGCAUUGGGAAAACAAGUAUUCCAAAUCCAUGUAAAUGGAAAGAAGAUUAUCUAAAAUACAAAUUUCCUGAAACAGAUGAGGACGAAUCUACGAAAAAAGGAGAAGCCUCCGGCACUUCAUAGGGAUGAACAGUGUGAAGAAAACGAUCCAGAUCUAAAAUCCUUGGGAGUAAUUUUAUAGCCGUUAAGUUCAAAAUGUUUUCUUGUUUGAGGAUUUUCGGGUGAUGUAUGUCGUAAUUUGCUAUAUUUUAAAUUACACUAUCCUAAUGAAUUUGUUUGUUUCGAGUUCAUUAGGAAAGAUAUGUCUGAAGAGAUUUGAAAGUGGGUAAAAGUCUUCGAUCAUUGGUGUUAGCUGGUACAGGUUUAGGAGGCCUCAGACGAACACAAUAAGUGAUAAAACCAGCUUGAAAUCAACUGAGACUUCAAUAGUGUAGCUUACAGGAGCUAACUUUAAAGAGGGUUAACCUGAAUAAUGUAGUAAAUAUCCACAUUAGGAGAAAAGUAUAUUUUAUGAGAGAGAAAUAUUUUACAUUAUCCUUAUUUAGAAGUGUUUUAUUUUAUUCUUAAAAUAUAGUUUAUAAAACACUAAAAAUGAGUUUAAACGCAAUUUAGUGUCUUUUUUAUGAGGUUGAAUCACAAAUGACUAUUUGUAUCAAAAUAUCUUAAAAUUAAAAUUAAACGCCUAAAACUACUUUAAAAACUUUAUACAAAUAAUCUCACGUUCAUGUAAAUUUUUUACAGUGAAAAAAACCACCCAAUGCGAAGAUUCAUGUGAUACAAAAUCUAGUGGUAUGGUCUCCAUUU